AUGGGGAAUAUGGAGAAUAAUAACAUCAAUACCAACAACAAUAACAAGCAGUGGCCUUUGCAAUGUGAAAUCUUGCACAACCAGACGGAGAAUUUGGACAAGGAAACUCCUUUGAUCAGCUCCAGUCUUCAGAAAACUAUGUUAAACUCAUUUCAACUUGAAAGCAUAUGUGAGGAUACAGUGGCUGUAGACAGAAAACAGAGCCUGCUGAACUUUUUCCCUUGCCUUCGGUCAGGAGAGUGGUCUGAUAUUGGGGGUCGAACCGAUAUGCAGGAUACUCAUAUAUGCAUUGGUGACUUAGCUAAAAUGUUUGAUUAUAAUGUACUCAGUGAGGGAGCUAUCUCCUUCUAUGGUGAUGCAGCACAAUUUGUUCGUGACAAUUUGCCAAGAGUAGUUGUUGAGGAUGCUGACUUUCCAUUAGAACUUGAAAAGGUGAUAACAAGGUCAUUUAUGGAGACAGAUGCUGCAUUUGCAAAAACGUGCUCCCUUGAGUCUUCCCGUGCUUCUGGAACAACUGCACUCACUGCAAUGAUAUUUGGGAGGUCUUUGCUUGUGGCAAAUGCUGGAGAUUGCCGUGCUGUAUUGUCACGAUGUGGAGCGGCUGUAGAAAUGUCAAAAGAUCAUAGGCCCUGCUGCAAAAAAGAAAGAAUGCGGAUUGAAUCCUUGGGUGGAUAUAUUGAUGAUGGUUUUCUAAAUGGUGAGUUAGGUGUCACCCGUGCAUUAGGUGAUUGGCAUCUUGAAGGAAUGAAGGGUGGGGGUGAAAGGGGAGGACCCUUAAGUGCUGAACCAGAACUUAAAUUAAUGACACUGACCAAGGAUGAUGAGUUUUUGAUCAUUGGUAGUGAUGGAAUAUGGGAGAUGUUCACCAGCCAAAAUGCUGUUGAUUUUGCUCGAAGGAGACUCCAAGAGCACAAUGAUGUGAAGUUGUGCUGCAAGGAAAUAGUAGAGGAGGCAAUAAAGCGUGGAGCAAGUGAUAAUUUGACACUAGUUAUGGUGAGUUUCCACUUGGAGCCUCCUCCACAUGUGGUGGUAGAGAGGUCUAGAGUCAGACGAAGCAUUUCUGCUGAAGGACUUCAGAAUAUCAAAUUCUUCUUAGAAGGAUAG